AUGUCUCCCGUAAAGAAAGACGAAGACACAUCCUCUGAUCUCACAUUUGACGGAGGGUGUGCACUUCUGACUGCAAUGCCAUCUGGCAUUGCAGAUGAAAAGGAGCAGUUGCAGGUGUUUUUCUCAUCACAUAAGGCAGCUUUUGUGUCCGGGAAAUUACCCUAUGCAAAAGAAAGUGGCUCCAGUACCCAGCUUACGGCUGCCGGGGCAGGUGAAUACAGUGAACAGGUUGGAUUCAUAUCCGAAAAACUCGACCUCGACUCGAGCAAAGUAGCACAGUUGGUUGACAUAUUUGCCAAGAGAAUCAGAAACUGUCCCAACUACAACAAUAAAAACGUGCAGCUUUUCACCGCAACAGAUACAGCAUGGUCCUCCUCCAACAAUGACUCGUUGACAUAUUUUGUUUCCAUGAUCUUGCAGCAACAGAUAAUAUAUUACAAGCUGUCUUCUCAGAUUUUGAGAAAGCAGCACAUCAAUUCGGCAUCAGAUAUCAGAACCGACAUCCAGAAAAACGGGCACAAUAUCAUUGACAACUUGAUGGCCGAUAUUGAGGCCCUCAAUGAACUACAGAAUAAACUCCUGGUAUCAUCUGAACUUGAUCUAUUGAUUUCCAACAACCUCAUUGCACUACUACUGGAACUCUUGAAUUAUUUUGUUUACACAAUACUUCAAUCCCAAAAAGGAUUCAAAAACACCUCCGUGUUGAAAUGGUUUGAACUAAUGGAGAAAACAAGCUUCCUAUCUUCUUUUGCAAUCCUAUCGAUAAAUUCCACAGAUGAGACCAAAUCCACAGUGGAAACUCUCGCCACCAUUAUAACACUGCUUUUCCUAGAUUUGGACUUCAACUUUGGCUCUCUUGAAGAUCAAUCGACUUUCAUGAGCAGUCCAGAUAGUCUUAACGAGAUUACAAAACGCUUGUUGAGUACAAAGGCAAACCCUAUUGUCUUAUACGCCUGGUCCAUUAUAUUACACAGACAACACAUUAUCCUAGAAAUGCAUAAAGGUGAAUUAAGGGCCCAGGACUAUGAGAGAUCCCUUUCCUCAGGUGCACUAAAGAACUUAGAAACAAUGUAUUUGAGCUUUGCAGGAGAAGCUGCACAAUUGAACGUGUGUAAUGCACUAACCACAUGCAACGAGCUGAUUUCAUACGAUCCAUUUUUGUCUAGUAUCUUUGGAUCAUUUGUUAUUGCAUUUACUCCAUAUAUUGAGCCAACUGAUGAUAUAAUAAAAACAAUUUCAGCAAUUCUUCGAAAAUCUUCCAACGACGUUGUGGCCAAAUUUUUCGACAGCUCAUUCACAGAUGAGAUGUUGAUUCUUCUAAAGGCUAAAAUGCCUCUCUCCCUCAACUCGUAUUUAGAGUUAAUUUCGAUUAAUUCAAAUCUUGCGGUGGAAGAGCUAAGAGCAAUGCCAACGUUCAUGACUUACGUCAAUUCUGCAGAUUUCUUGUCCAAGUAUAGUAUUGAUGACCAACAGCCAGAACUAGUUAAACUGACAGCAGAUUUUAAUAUCCAGUUACCUUUUGAACCCAAUGAUGAACUCUCUUUAUUGAUGAGAAAGGAUACAAAGGCUCAAGUUUUAUCGAAGGUAAAUGGAAAAGAAGAAACAUUAGUUCUUUUCUUGUAUGAUUAUAAUGGAUGGUCUCUUCUUGGUAGGAUAAUGAAAAACUUGUCAGUAAGGUUGUGUAUUGACCAAACAGAAAAAAACAAUACACGCAAAACUUUGUUCAAAGUGUUAGCUAGAGUUUUCAUGAACAUAGAUGAAGCAGUCAUUGGACUAAUAUUGAAUUCUAUGAACUCUUUUGUUGAGGAUCAAGAUGUGAUUGAUAUAUCAUUUAGAAUCUUUGAUCAAGCAAUAAUGCUCAAAGAUACAGAAUUACUUGCAAAUUGUCUCACUUUCUUCAACAUCUUAUCAGAAAAAGGGUAUGCUUAUCGUAUUUGGUCAUUCCUUUACAAAUCAAAUUUAUUUGGCUCCAGGCCUAAUGGGAAUUUGGUCUACGACGUGUUGGAUAAAAUAGAGACUACAUCAGGCUCCUACGAAUUCAUUACUUCGCUUCUGAUACUAGGGAACACUCUGUCAAAGUCUUCGCUGACUAUAAAUGAAAAUGUCAACAUCAACUUGAAAUCUCAAGUGAUUGAAUAUUUUACUACCCUUGCCAUACAAAUUUUUGAGAACUUUUCUGUUUGGAAAUAUCAGACUGAUUAUGAAAAAUACCAAAUCGGAAUUAAUAUUAUCUCUUUUCUCAAGCAAAUCGUUCAAGUUAAAAUCAGUGUUGCCAAUAACACUAAUAACUCUGUGUUUGAGGUGUUCGAACCAAGCCUGAAGAAAAUUGUGAACUCCUUCUUGGUAGGGGAUAUAAAUGAUUUAAGAGCUGUUUCUCCAUUGUUGCUGACAAUUGAACAGCUUUCAAAUCCAAAAAUGAAACUUUUGACUACUUCCAGAUCCGGGCUGAUGGCGCAUCGCUGGAUUUCAGAGUGUUUCGAGUUUUCUACCCAAAUAGUACAACUCCGUUCCUUGUCUAGAGCAAACUUACCAUCUAAUUUGGAGAGAGAGCUUUAUUCAAAUCUAAUCAAUUUAAUCAAUGUCUACUUAUUCAACACUAGCUUUAGGAAACAGAUUCUUAAUCUAUUGACGAAAUUAAUACAGUCUAAUUGGAAUGAUAAACCACCGUCAGUGCUUACCCAUUUAAGAACGACACACUCUAUUAUUUUGUUGAACUGCUUAUAUGAGGAUAUAUCAACUCCUACUUCCAAUAGUGAUUUGAAAGUUGCUUUACUAAAUUUUUUGGCUUCGACAAUGGAGAAUAACCAAAAAGGUUUAUCGUUAUUUUUGAUAACUGGUACAAUCCUUCCAGACGCUAAGUCAGUUGUUUCCGAAGGAAAAUACUCUCUUUUCCGUUUAUUGCGUUCAUUAGUUGCAAAUAUCACAGAUUAUACAGGUAAAUUAACAUAUCAUUUACUCAAAUCAAUGUUAUUGUGUUUAAGUAUAUGGCAUGGCUCAUGCUCAGAUAAUGAUGAUAUGACAUUUGUUGAAAAACUUUUAGAUAUCAUCAAAAAUAAUACUAUCGCUGAGUCUGCUGAACCAAAUGUGUGGAAAGUUGAAAUCAUUGCAAAGACAGUGGAAAUUAUCUCCUUGUACUUAUUUGUAUCCCGAGGGAAGUGCAAAAAGUGUGAAAGUAAAAUUUUCAAUUUGCUAAACUCCUCGGAUUUCUUACAUUCGCUGGAGGCUAAGUUCAAGAUCAAGUUGAGAGAUGAACAAAGUAUCAAACUGAUCAGUGAAAAGUUCUCCAAAUUUUCCAAUGGGAAAUUUCAGUUGGGCCAAUUUCUUCAUAUUGAGCAAUCUAAAGACGGUGAUGGGAUAGGUAACGCUGUUUACGAUUUCAACUUACUUGAUUUAAUAUUUGAUAAUAAAGACGAUUGGGCUCAGGUGAAAAGACAAGUAGAAAAUAUAAGUUUAGACAUCCAAAUUAUUGACUCCCAAAUACAUUUAGCCAAAGCCUACGGUGGACUAGUGACAUGCUUCUGUAAUAUAAGCCCUAAGGAAAUCUCUACGGAAUAUUGUCUUCUUGCCUCAUCACUUCUCAAAAUUAAUUAUGAGGAUGGCAUACCUUUUCAGCUUUAUGAUGAAAUUUACAAAGGUCGAAUUGAGUUGGCUUUUUUGAUUGUUCUCACUAUUUCACAAUCUAAAAAGUCUAUAAAAGAUUCAACUUUGAUAGCCAUACUAACCUCGUGUUUGGAUCUUUUGGAAUCACGAGAGGUUAAUCUAUCUCAGGGAUUGGCUAGCUUGAAAAUUGAUUACUACAAACCUUUACUAAGAAUUCUACUAAUCUGUGUCUCGAUGAUAAAGACUCCUGAAUUUGUUUCGGAAUAUUCCUCUACAUUGCUAGAACUGUUCAGAAAUAUCAUUUGUGAGUCAAUAAAUACUCUGUUUAACGGCAUCAGAAGUUCAGCUUUGUCGGUACCUGUCUCGGAGUUUGGCGAUUCACCUUUGAUUAUGAAGCAAAUUGAUGACAUUUUGAACAUUCUCUCUCUCACUCAAGAAUAUUUCAAAUUGAAAUUGAACGAUGAUUUAGAAUCCGAACUAUCAAAUAUAGUGAUACAGACAGGGGCAUACAGAGCGAUUGCACACAUGUUCUCCUCAUCUCACUUAAUUAAAAUCAAUAAUGAAGAAGUUUUUACAGAUUACUCUCUUUCCUUUAUCUACGAAUUUGUGCAAAGGAAAGCCAUUGCUGCUAGACUUUUAGACAAUGGGAUCUUCCACUUGAUAACUGAGUCUCCUGUUGGCCUGAUAAUACAAAAAGGCCAUAUUUCACCAUAUUCUAGUAACUCCACUAUAGGUAGACUUCACAGAUUGUGGACUGAAAGAAUUCUACCAAUUGUUCUAUUGUUAGUAUCCCAUUUUGGGAAUAGUAUUACAUUUUCCCUUUCUCAAUUUGCACUUACUUUUAAAAAUCAAUUCAAGUACACAAUUCAAACUUGGUUGGAAACGGACAGUCUUUUGAGUGCAUCCAUCAUUGAAGAAACUGAGCAAAUUAUUCUCUUUGCCAAAUUACUCAACAGUUUGGAUUGUUACAGUUUUGUGGGCUCGGAAUUGGGUAAACCUUUAGAAGAAGUCCAUUUGGUUCCUGGACUAGACACUCCUCAGGAAAGAAAAGUGUUUGUUAAUGCAUUGACUUACCUGCUAUCACACCCAAAAUACUUGGCUCUGAAGGUGAGAACUGUUGAAGGCGGUAUCACGGUCAACCAGCUCGCUGACGCACUCAAAUCUUUGAAAGACUCUUUGUUAAUGUAA